GUCUUUGUGAAGAGAAGACAGAGGACACCUGUGUGGUCAGAGGAGAUCAGGUGACCUGGCUGCAGAGAUUAAACCCAGGUAGGCGCUGGGCUGUGCGCUUGGUCCCCAUCCUGGUCAUCCUGUGUGUGACUCUUCUCAUCACCACCAUCAAUGGCAGAGUCUCCUGUAUAAGCCCCGGGGCCGUGAAGGGAUCAGGAUCAGCAAUAUCAUCCCCAGCAGACGGGUUCUCUCCGUGUCCUGAUCCCUGGAUUCAUAUCACAGACAAGUGUUAUUUCUUCUCGGAAGACAAGAAGGACCGGAAAGACAGCGAGAAAGACUGCGAGGAGCGCAACUCCAGACUGGCCACCGUAACGGAGGGAACAAUACUGAGGUUGGUGACCACCACUGAGCAGGAAUUCUGGAUUGGACUUUUCACUCUUGGAACGCAUCACGGUAGCGGAACGUGGUCGGGAAGAUGGUCUGAUGGAAGCGUUGUGAACGUCACUAAAGGAUCAGGAACUUGUGCGAAGAUCCAUCGCGUCCUCGUGUUACACAACUGUAAUGGUGAACUGCACUGGAUCUGUGAGCGAGAUGUGAGGAAUCCAUGAGAUCUAUAACUCACCGAGAUGGAUGAAGACAUGAUCCAUAGUAUAUAAUGUAUCCACAACACCAGAUCACAUGAUCCAUACUGUAUAAUGUAUCCACAACACCAGAUCACAUGAUCCAUAGUG